UAACAUCUCAAGCUCUGUAAAAUGAGGGACACCUGCUUUUAAAAUGGAAGCAUCUGAAGCAGGCAAACAACGUUUAUACCAUGCUACUGAGUUUGUCUUUCCUUGUCUGUGAUGAUUAUUCUUUGAGACACAAAUCAAAACAAAGCGAAUCACAUCCAACUAUUCUAAAAAGAAAAGAUGACCUGAUUUUUUUUGUCAUUUUAUGGUUCAGAAAGGGGAUUUUUCUCAAUUGCUAGGAAACAGUGGUGAAACAGGAAACAGCAUCGCAUCAGGAAGAACCUGAAGGUGUCCUCCAGGAGCCGUGCCCCACGUCACUGAUUGCCCUGAGUCAGAAAUCUUGACCUGCAACUUUAGAGGGUGGGUCUCUGAAAGAAUUUCAGAGCUUACACAGCAGUGAGGUGUGUUGCUCUCUGAUGAGAACAAAGCUGGCUGGAGCACUGGAAGUCUGGCUCUGACUGUUUUCACAAGCCAGGGGCAUCUUUGUGCAGUGAAGUUUCAGAAAGAAUGUUUCAGACAUUUAAAGAAUGGUUUUGGUUGGAAAGAUUCUGGCUUCCUCCAACAAUAAAAUGGUCAGAUCUUGAAGAUCACGAUGGACUCAUCUUUGUGAAGCCUUCUCAUUUAUAUAUGACCAUUCCAUAUGCUUUUGUUUUGAUAAUUAUCAGACAUUUUUUUCAAAAGUUUAUUGCUUCACCUCUAGCAAAAACAUUGGGCAUUAAAGAGGAAGUUCGGAAGAAGAUUAUACCAAAUUCUGUUUUAGAGAAUUUUUUCAAACAUUCCACAAAGAAACCAUCUCAAACUGAUAUUUAUGGACUGGCAAAGAAGUGUAACUUGACAGAGCGCCAGGUUGAAAGAUGGUUUAGGAGUCGGCAGAAUCAAGAUAGGCCUUGCAGGAUGAAGAAAUUCCAGGAAUCUUGCUGGCGAUUUACAUUUUACCUAAUUAUUACCAUUGCUGGAAUUGCAUUUCUUUAUGAUAAACCUUGGGUAUAUGACCUGUGGGAAGUUUGGAAUGGCUAUCCCAGACAGCCCUUGCUGCCAUCCCAGUACUGGUACUACAUUUUGGAGAUGAGUUUUUAUUGGUCUCUCUUAUUUAGCCUUGGCUCUGAUAUCAAGAGGAAGGAUUUUCUAGCUACUAUCAUCCACCACCUGGCUGCUGUCAGUUUGAUGAGCUUCUCUUGGUGUGCUAAUUAUAUUCGCAGUGGGACCCUCGUGAUGAUUGUACAUGAUGUGGCCGAUAUUUGGCUAGAGUCUGCUAAGAUGUUUUCUUAUGCCGGAUGGAAGCAAACCUGUAACACUCUGUUUUUCAUCUUCUCCACCGUGUUUUUGAUCAGUCGCCUCAUUAUUUUUCCCUUCUGGAUUUUAUAUUGCACGCUGAUUCUGCCUCUGCACUACCUUCAACCUUUCUUUUCAUACAUCUUCCUCAACCUACAGCUCCUGGUGCUCCAAGUUCUUAAUCUUUACUGGAGUUACUUCAUCCUGAAGAUGCUCAAAAGAAGUAUAUUCACGAAGAGCAUCCGGGAUGUGAGAAGUGAUAGUGAGGAUGAGUAUGAAGAGGAAGAAGAGGAGGAAGAGAAGAAGAAAGAAGCCACAGAAGGCAAAGAGACAGACCGUUUGAAGAACAACCUUGGAGCCAACAGGCACCUCAUCCCCAAUGGCUCCACGGCCAAGAGAAGGGAGUUUGGGCCCCCCUCCUUGUAUUUGCUGGUUUCUCGUUUCCUCUCCGAGAGAGAUGUGUCCCUGUUGUGUCCUGAGCCAUCCCCUCAGCCAGCAGAGCUACCCAGCAGGCCAUGGGGUCCACCAAGGCACUGGACCCAGGUCAGGCUGCUCCCCGAGUCACCAUCACUCAAGAAGCCCAGCAUCCGGAGUGCAGCAUGCACCUGAGCUCCUGAGCGAAGGAGGUCUUGGAAACAGAAGGAGAUGCUGCACUAUAAAUCUCUGCAAUCCAAGCCAACCAGAGUGCAAAGCAGUAACACAGAAUAAGACAAAGUCUGGAGAACGCCCCCGAGUCAGCAUCACCUCCUGGGCCACCUACCUCUUUGGAAGGACAGGUAGGGGUUGGUAGGUCAGUAGCCACCUCUCAGCCCCCACAGGGGUGCUUCUCCUAAGGCUCGCAUGCAGGCACCUCAGGCCUUCUCAGGUGGCUGACUGAGGAGAAGCAGAACCUUACAGGGGAAGAGCUGAGCAGAAUAUGCAACUUUUCCCCACCCAGUCUCUCAUAUUUUUUGGUCACAUUUUGCAUCUUCAUCCUGUUUUGCUAAGGGUCUGUAUAACAAAGCCAAGUAAGUGGAAGCUGAGACCACGGGGACUAAUAAAGCCCACACAGGCUCCACCAAUGGGGCCCGCAGCCCCUGCAGCACAAAAGACACUGUAUAUGGUAAAGGUGUUGGCAGUUUUUUGUUUUUUUUUUUUAAGUAAAAAAAAUUUUUUUAACCUUCAGAAUUCUUUCCCAACAAAAUUUAUUUUUGAGGAAUUGUUAGAACAACAGAAAAAAUGUGUCGGGUUUCUCUAUAUAAUAUCCGCUUUUAUGAGUACAAUAACAUUAUAUGUAUAAUGUAUAUUAUAAAUCUAAAAUGCCUCCAGUUACAGCUGUUCAAGCAUAGCUCUUGAAUUAUUUUUUUUUUUUUUUUGGUGAAAGGUCACACUAAGAUAUUAUUUUUAUUUUCCAGUUAACAGAAACAUUUUCCUUGAUUUAUUUCAGUCUCUGUACCAAAUAUCUUCUUGCUUGAAGUAAAAAAGUGUUUAGUUGUUGCAUUAUCCUCCAGUUCUUUUUUUCUUAUUUGAACAUAGAAAGUAAAAUUGGUAAGCGAACUCCAACUGCCUAUGGAGAGCUGGAAGCACCAAACUACCUCUGAAGAGGUAGAGAUUCAUGUUUUGUAGCAUCUUUUAGGGCUUUUGUGGUUAAUUUUAAGGCUGACCUCUUUUUUACAGCAAACAAAAGCUCAUACUAUGCACCAAAUGGCUUUAUAAAAAUGUAGUCCACCAUGCCACCAGUAUUAUUGUAAUGGUAAUGAUUUACAAUAAAACAAAGACAGAG